GCCUCGCUCCCUGAUUGGGUGCGGCGGCCGGGACCGGAAGAGCCUGGCCCGCAGCUGGAGGCUACACGUGGUUCCAGGCGCUGAGGAUGGAGGCGGUAGCUGGGAGCGGGGCGUAUGGGGGGUCAGCCGGGGGAGGGAAGAAGAAGAAGAUGACGAAGAAGCUGCAGCGCUACUGGGACGGGGCCCCCCCGCCAGACACCCCCGCAGAUGCCCCCUCCAAGGCCAAGAGGCGCCGCAAUGAGAAGACUAGGCCACGGGCUGGGGCAGAGGGGAGCCUGCAGGCCAGGAAGGUGCUGCAGGUGUCAGAGGCCACAGGCCAGAUCUCUGGGAAGAGGGACCCAUUCCCUGGCGCCGCCCCCCUCCCUCACCACAAGGUGAAGAAAUUCCAGCGGGGCCAGAAAUCGCAGCUGGCAGGGGCAUCCAGCCAGCGGCUCCGGGACCAUCUGGCCUUGCUGGAGCAGAAAGUGGAGCUGGCAGUGCAGCAGGCAGCGCGCAUGGAGCUGCUGCUGCCCGAGGAGCCAGGGUUCCUGGAGGGGGACCCCGGUGAGGACACCUGCACCAUCGCCCAGGCUGACAUCGCCGAGGCCGCCGACAUCACUAGCGCCACCAAGCACUUUGAGCUGACGCUGAACCAGUUUGGCCCCUACAGGAUGGAUUAUACCCGACAUGGCCGGCACCUGCUGCUGGGGGGCCGGCGAGGCCACGUGGCAGCCCUGGACUGGCAAACCAAGUCACUGCUGUGUGAGAUCAACGUCAUGGAGACGGUCACUGAUGUCACGUGGCUACACACGGAGAAUAUGUUCGCAGUGGCCCAGCGGCGCUGGCUGUACGUCUACGACAACCAGGGCGUGGAGCUGAACUGCCUGAAGCGCUUCAACGGGGUCCUGCGCAUGGAGUUCCUGCCCUACCACUUCCUGCUGGCUACUGCCGUGAGUCCUGGUUCUGUCCAUCCCCUCCACACCUCGCUAACCCCUUGUGCCCAGUGGGGGGUGACGGCUCGUUAACUCUUCCUGCUCUGUGCCACCCCCCCAGGCACGGUGACCCUGUGGAGCCCCAACGUCAAGGAGCCUCUGGUGCGGAUGUUGUGCCACCAAGGGGGGGUCCGGGCUGUGGCCGUCGACAGCUCUGGAACGUACAUGGCUACGUCGGGGCUGGACCGGAAGCUGCGCAUCUAUGACCUCCGGGCGUAUCAGGCUCUGCAGUCGCUGGUGCUGCCUGUGGGCGCCGGGCACCUGAGCUUCAGCCAGCGGGGGCUGUUGGCGGCCGCCUGUAGGGAAGUGGUGCAGGUGUACCGGGACGUGCCCGUGCAGCCGCCUCACAAGCCCUACCUGUCGCACACGCUGCCCUGGACAGCCCACGGCCUGCGUUUCUGCCCCUUUGAGGAUGUGCUGGGCGUGGGGCACGGCAGCGGCUUUACCAGCCUCCUGGUGCCAGGUGCUGGACAGGCAAAUUUUGACGCCCUGGAGAACAACCCGUUCCGGAGCCGGAAGCAGCGGCAGGAGUGGGAGGUCAAGGCCCUACUGGAGAAGAUCCCUUCGGAGCUGAUCACACUGGACCCAGGGCAGCUGGGCCAGGUGGACACCAUCACCAUGGAGCAGAAGCACCAGGAGCGAGUGGAGCGGCUGGGCUUCGACCCCCAGGCCAAGCCGGCAUUCCAGCCGCGCCGGAAGCUGAAGGGGCGCAGCUCAGCCGGGAGCCUCCUGCGGCGCAAGAAGAAGGUGGCGAACGAGGAGCAGCGGACCAAGAUCCGGAAGAGCCUGGAGCAGCAGCAGGCGGCGGAGCGAGAGCGGAAGGCGGCACCUCGGGCUCAGAGGUCGGCGUUGGAUCGGUUCAGGAAAUAGCCUCGGGGAGGCUGUGGGGAGGGGAUUGCCCCCCAUGGGGGCGAUGGGGUAACGAGCGUUACCCAUCCCUUCCGGGGUAGGGGCUGUGGGGUCCCCCACUCAACCUACACUGUACCCUGACAUUUUUGUAUUAAAGUUGUCGUUGGCUA